AUGACAUCCGAAAUCACAACAUCAGGAGAUCUGGCAGCAGGAGAUAAGAAAUCAAAGUUGAAGGUUCUUAUUGUGGGUGCGGGGAUUGUGGGAUUGACGUUGGCGCAGGGGUGUAGGGAGAAUGGAAUUGAGUUUGAGAUUGUGGAGAGGGAUGAGAGUGGGAAGAGGGCGCAGGGGUGGGCUAUUACUUUACAUGUGAGUUGGUUUGGUUUGGUGUGGUGUGGUGUGGUGUUGGGGAAGGAGAAGGAGAAGGGGUAUUGGGGAGUGGUGUUUAAGAAGUUUGGAAAGAACGAUUGGGGAGAGAUUAUCGGAGUUGAUACCUACGGUAAGAGUUUCCUAGCAGGAGUGAAGUCGUGUGGGAUCGUCUUGAAAUUGAAGAGACGAAGAAACAUAUCAGAAUUCACGAACGAAUCAUGUACAGCAGCCGUAGACCCCGCCCUCAACGACGACGAUGGAAAUUUUCUAUUCCUCAACGCCCGCACAGUAGAAGCGCGCUAUAAAAUCCCACCCAGCAAACUCCGCCGACGCCUCGAUCGACAAAAAAUCCGCAAUCUGCUUGCUACCGACCUCUUUAUCCAAGAAGGGAAAGGUCUUACAUCAUUCACAGCAUCGACUGAUUUCGAUUCUCAAUUCGUGACUGCGCAUUUUUCAGACCACUCUGAGUCUCGUGCUACGUUGAUUGUGGGUGCUGAUGGAAAUAAUAGUGUGACGCGGAGAUGUUUGUACCAGGGGACUGGGACGUCCGAAUUAACGAAACUGCCUGUUUACUGUGUGGGGAUCGUGAGGCCUUUUACUGAGGCACAGAUUGCGGCUGUGAGAGAUAUCGAUCCUUUGUUGUUUCAGGGAUUGGAUCCGGAAACGGGGACGUAUAUGUGGUUUAGUUUGCAGGGAAUUAUACCUAAUGCUGAUGGAAGUAACUCUUACACGGGGCUUGUUGUUAUUUCUUGGUUGAUUAAAGAUGAGAUUAAGGAUACGAUGCCCCGGACGGAUAGAGAGAGAGUGCUGUAUGUUAAGAGGAGGGCAGAGGGAUAUGCGGAACCGUUGAGGAGUAUUGUGCAGGAUAUUCCGGAGGAUAUUACGACGACGCCGUUGAGGCUGAGUGAUUGGCCUUGUCAGGAAUGGGAUAAUUGGGGUGGGAGGGUUACAUUAGUGGGAGAUGCCGCGCAUGCUAUGACGAUGUAUCGAGGCGAAGGAGCAAACCACGGCAUUUUGGACGCAGCUCUUCUGGUCGACCAAUUGAAGAAAGUCCAAGCUGGAAAAAUCACGCAAAAAGAAGCAAUCGACGCGUAUGAAGCGGAAAUGAGACCAAGAACUCAUGAAGCAGUCUUAAAAAGUAGACAGGCAGCUUUAGAUGCACAUGAUUGGGAUGGCUUGACUGAAAACUCGCCUGUGAUCGGGGGGAGGUUUGCUCCUAAGACUGCUUUCAUUUGA